AUGGUUCAGGCGGGCAGAGUGCGGGAUGCUGUCAGAGCAAAGCAAACUCUCCGUGUCAGAGCUCGGGCUCGGAAUCGAGCAACAGCUUUGUUUUGGUGCCAUCAGUAUACGGUAGAUUCGGUCCACAUACCAAUUGAAAAAGCGGAUUGA